AUGAAUUCCUCCACCAAUACACCGCAGCACUCGAGCAGUCGAUCAAAAGAAACGGCAGACAGCCUGCUGCAGUCGUUUCAAAGCUACGAUCCACGAAAACGACCAGCUACUGCUCGCCGUCCCUCGAUGCCUCCCUAUCCAACAACCCCUGGAAGUCAGGCUGAGGCUACUGGAAAUAACCAGACCAACUCACAGAAAAGCCCUCCAGCCACACCAAAAGCCACAGAAGCCAACUCUGCCGGGAAGCAGUCGACCCCUACCCCCAAAACCAGCAAACGACCACUGCGUACUCCCUUCUAUGAUGGCAGCAGUUCAGACGAGAGCACCAACACUCACAACCAUGACUCGGGGGUAAAACGUCCACGACAUCCUACGGCAGCCACCAGGCAGCCUGACCGGUUGUCCGUCGAGAACGGCAGAAAUAGCCCGCUGUUCUUUCCAGACACUGUGCAAGACCAACCAAUGUCGGCCGAGAAGCUCCCUAUAACUCUCCCAAAGAAACCCCCUCCCACUGAGACUCCACAAGCUUGGCCACCGACCAGUUCUGCCUCUGCUGUGCAAGACAGUGACCGUCAAAGCGUUGUUCACAGGCUGUCGACCGAAAACAAGCGUGUGGCAAACGACCUCGCCCAGAGGAACAGCGCCUUUCUAGAAACCUUUCCCGCAGGAGGAAACGCCUAUUUCGAGGCCAGGCUGGACGCGAUCACCAAGGAAAUCGUUGCUUUGCAUCAGCAGAAAGUCGACGCUGUCAAGGCCGAAUACAUUGAGAAACUACAAAAGGAAAUGAGCGAAUGUCAGAAGAUGAUCAGCAUGUUGCAAAAGGCAGAAGAGGGGUCGUGA